UUUCGUUUCCCGUGAGAUACCAAUACACGCCGAGAGCGCACCGCAGGAUCGUUUUUUUUGUCUACUAAAACAGAGGGUCUCGCUACUUACUGGCAGUCGCGGUUUUCACAGCAGCCCAGGCGAGCACAGUAGCUGCUGGAAGACUAGACCGUGUCUGUAGCUACCCUGCCGCAUUCACAAGCUCCCUGGCCGGGGAAAGUGACAGCAUGGUGGUGGCCAAGGAUUACCAGUAUUACCUCGUUGUGAAGAGGGCGAACUGCUCUCCGGAGGUGCAGACAGUCAGCAGCAACAUCCAUCCGGCUAAAGAAGUGGAGGAGCCCAGUAACAAGCGGGUGAAGCCCCUGUCCCGCGUCACCUCGCUGGCCAACCUCAUACCUCCAGUCAAGACUGCUCCUCUGAAGCGCAUAGGACAAACACUGCAGCGUUCCAUCAGCUUCCGCAGUGAGAGUCGGACCGAGACGCUCAUGCCUCCUCGACCAUGGACGCGGCCGGCCCCGCCUGCCAACACCAAGCGGCGAGACAGCAAGCUGUGGAGCGAGACCUUUGACGUGCGGCUCGGACACCAGAUGCUGUCCUCUAAGGAAAUCAAACGCCAGGAGGCCAUCUUUGAGCUUUCUCAGGGCGAGCGGGAUCUCAUUGAGGAUUUGAAGCUGGCCAAGAAGGCGUACCAUGACCCCAUGCUGAAGCUGUCCAUUAUGACGGAGCGUGAACUCACCCAGAUCUUCGGAACCCUGGACUCCCUUAUUCCGUUGCAUGAAGAUCUACUGAGUCGACUGCGAGAGGCCAGGAAACCAGACGGCUCUACAGAAACUGUGGGACACAUUCUAGUGGACUGGUUACCAUGCCUGGACUCCUACAACUCAUACUGCAGUAACCAGGUGGCAGCCAAAGCUCUGCUGGACCAUAAGAAGCAGGACCACCGGGUGCAUGACUUCCUGCAGCGCUGCCUGGAGUCGCCCUUUAGCAGGAAGCUAGACCUGUGGAACUUCCUGGAUAUACCCAGGAGCCGGCUGGUCAAAUACCCUCUGCUGCUCAGGGAGAUCCUCAAACACACACCUAACGACCAUCCGGACCGUCAACACCUGGAUGAGGCAAUCAACAUGAUCCAGAGCAUCGUGGCUGAGAUCAACACCCAGACGGGCGAGUCAGAGUGUCGUUUCUACAAGGAGCGCCUCCUCUACCUGGAAGACAGCCAGAGAGACCUGCUCAUUGACAGCUCCCGCAUCCUCAGCUGUCACGGGGAACUGAAGAACAACAGGGGUGCUAAGCUGCAUGUGUUCCUGUUCCAGGACGUGCUGGUCAUAACCAGGGCCAUCACCCACAGCGAGCAGCUGCACUACCAGCUGUACCGCCAGCCUAUCCCAGUCAGAGAGCUGCAGUGGGAGGACCUGCAGGACGGGGAGAUCCGUCUGGGGGGCUCCAUCAGAGGGGCCUUCAGCAACAAUGAGAGGACCAAAAACUUCUUCAGAGUGUCGUUUCAUAGUGGCGGCCAGCUCCAGUCCCACUCGUUCCAAGCCAGCGAUGCCUUCAACAAACAGCAGUGGCUCAACUGCAUCCGCCAGGCCAAAGGAGCCGCUGAGUCGGCCGUGGGGGUGGUGAUUCCUGUAGGGGUGGGAACCAGUAGCAGUGACCCAGACCCCCGUCCAAGCCUACUCAGCCCCCAGAGACCUCUGAGUCCUACAACACCUCCCCUCUCAGGAGCACUGGCCCCCCAGCCAGAGAGCAUGGACCACAGUGACAGUGACUCGUCUGUAGACUCUCCAGAUUGUAGCAUGGACAUGGACACGACCGAGGCUUCUGACUCCACCACAGGCUGGCCUGGCUCAGCCCAGAUGGACUUAACAGACUCUAGUAGCAGCAGCAGGCCAGCAGAAGUGUGACCACUGGGGUGUCAAGGCUACACCUGGGCAGUAUUGGUGGUAACAUGGCGAUGUUCUUUAUAUACGGAAGGGAGGCAACACAGUGGGUGGAUAUUGUAGAGCACUUCUUUUCUCUACCCCUUUUUUUCAUUUGUUGUUUUUCUCUUAACUUUCUUUCUAUGAGACAGUGGUGUAGUCUAUAGCAGUGGUAUCCAUGUGUCUUAGCUGUGACUGGCAGGUCUACUAUGGAUGUCUACAUGGAGAGGAAGGCAGCCAUGACUGGGACCUCAGGACAGUAUUGUUGUUGUUGCUCCUGCUCUGUCUCUUGACCUCUGCUGUGGGCGGAGUCCUCCUACCCUACAGACAGCUUCCUCUCAUCACCUUCUCACCACAACUAGAAACACUGCCAUCACCCCUUAUCCCACUGCACUACUACUGUGGUCUCCCAGAGCGAAGAGAAUACAUGGAUGAUAUUCUUUUUAUAUAUAUAGAAUAUAUUGUAUGUAGGAAUCUAGAGAACCUGUUGUGUUUGCAAUAAUUGACCCAGUCAAAAUGACCAGAAGAAUGUUUUCAAAGACAAUCAAUAUGAUGUUAUGUUGUUGUUGUUAGGACUUGACAUGGGGUUAGAGUUUAUUUUGUUAAGGAUGGGUUACAACAGUGUUAAUGGGGCAGAGUUGUUUGCUACAGAUUCUUCCCACAUCUUGGCCAGAACUAUGAUGUUCCAGAACUAUGAUGUUCCAGAACUAUGAUGUUCCAGAACUAUGAUGUUCCAGAACUACGAUGUUCCAGAACUACGAUGUUCCAGAACUAUGAUGUUCCAGAACUAUGGCGUUCCAGAACUAUGGCGUUCCAGAACUAUGGCGUUCCAGAACUACGAUGUUCCAGAACUACGAUGUUCCAGAACUAUGGCGUUCCAGAACUACGAUGUUCCAGAACUACGAUGUUCCAGAACUACGAUGUUCCAGAACUAUGAUGUUCCAGAACUAUGAUGUUCCAGAACUAUGAUGUUCCAGAAUUAUGGCGUUCCAGAACUACGAUGUUCCAGAACUACGAUGUUCCAGAACUACGAUGUUCCAGAACUAUGGCGUUCCAGAACUACGAUGUUCCAGAACUAUGAUGUUCCAGAACUACGAUGUUCCAGAACUACGAUGUUCCAGAACUACGAUGUUCCAGAACUAUGGCGUUCCAGAACUAUGAUGUUCCAGAACUAUGAUGUUCCAGAACUAUGGCGUUCCAGAACUACGAUGUUCCAGAACUAUGGCGUUCCAGAACUAUGAUGUUCCAGAACUAUGAUGUUCCAGAACUAUGGCGUUCCAGAACUACGAUGUUCCAGAACUAUGGCGUUCCAGAUCUAUGGCGUUCCAGAGGUCAGCAAUUGGCAUCUAGAACUGGCCUCUUGGUAAUGUAACCUAGUAUAAACACAUCACUCAGAGGGGAGAGCUGUUAUUAUUGGUGGGUCAAGCUGGUUUGAUUAAUCUAUUGGGUGUUUAUUUUUUAUAUCCUGUCUAAAGUUCAAUUCUGCAUUGGUGGAAAAGGGCUCAUAAGUAAGCAUUCACAGUAGUCUACACCUGUUGUAUUCUGCGCAUGUGACAUUUAAUUUUAAUUUUAAAUGAAUAUGAGUUUGAAAAAAAUGAUAGGACCACCUAUUUUUCCACAAGUAGGAAGUGGGAACAGAAGCAUUUUACAGCAAGUAAACAGCCCUUCCUGGAGGAAGCAAGAUUCUCAGUGGUGUUAAGAGUCAUUGACUGUAUCAAUGUCUUACAGAGAAGCUUUGUAUUAAAAACAGUAUUAAAUUAUUUACUUUUAGUGUGUUUUAGUAGUGUCAGGUUUUUAAUCACCCAAAAAGUUCUUUACUCACUGGACAUUUGUGUAAAAAGCGAUGCUGAGACUUUUGUAUUGUUUAAAGAAGUAGUCGCAUGUGUCAUAUAGGUAAACUCAGACCAGUCCUCUGUCCUGGGUGCUCUCGGUGUUGAACUGGUAAACUAGGACUGCUAAAUCGUUGCCAAAAAUGUGUACGUGUCGGGUAAUUAUAAUCUUGUGGAAGUUUACUUGUGGGGCCUCAUGUUCUCUUUCAUUUGUACAGAAUGUCACGUGUUAAAAAAUGAAUCAGUUUGACCAAGUAAUCACUAAAAGAAAUAUCCAAAAUACAGUAUAUUAUUUUGUUCUUUUGUUUUUUAAAGAAAUGUAUUGAAAUGUAUUCUUUAGGAUGUCUAUUUAUAGUAAUUUUUUUCUAUGAAUAAAUGUUAUAUGCUUUUGUUUGGUUCAUGCUGGAGACUAGAGGUGAGAAUUAUGGUUGUACAGGGAGAUAUGGGAAGGGCCUAAGGAACUAGACUGGAAAAGAAGGGUUUCAGAACUAGCUACUUAUGUGGCUGUAGGCUAUGUAAACCUUCAGACACAUGCACUUGAAAGGUAAAGAGACUAUAUUGAAAUAUGAUAUAUGAACUGACUGAAAAAGAUUGACAUGAACAUGUAUAACCAAAUGGAAUUUAGACUGUACCAAAUAAAAGAUAUGAACCAA